AUGACUGGCUGGUCGGUGGAGACCAAGUCUCGUUGGCGCUUGAUCCAGACGCUCCCGUGGGUUGGUGUUGGUAUUGGCCUGGCCCUCUCUGGUUUCCUCGCCUGGUAUGCUUGGCAAGCUGUCCCGACUAUCUUCUACAACAUUGUCCUCAACGAGGACUUCAGCUCCGGUACCAUUGACCCCUCUGUCUGGAACCAUGAAGUCCAGUUGGGCGGCUUCAACAACGGUGCUUUCGACAUGACAACCAACAAUGGAACCAACGCUUACGUCAAGGACCAAAUGCUUCAUAUCGUCCCUACCCUGACCAGCUCCGUCGUGGGGGAUGCGGCGAUUCUCAAUGGCUACACCUUCAACCUUACUGCCGACGGAACAUGUACUUCCGACCUUGCAACUGACUGUGUCACUUCUUCGAACGCAUCUCUCGGUGUUGCUCUCCCUCCCAUCCGCUCUGCCCGUCUUAACACGAAGGGCAAGUAUGCAAUCAAGUACGGUAAGGUCGAAGUCACCGCCAAGCUCCCUGCUGGAGACUGGAUGUGGCCUGCGAUCUGGAUGAUGCCUACCGAAGAUGUCUACGGCGCUUGGCCUAGGUCAGGCGAAAUCGACAUCAUGGAAUCCAAGGGUAACGCCCCGUCUACCAAGAUGCAAGGUCGUGACUACGUGUCAUCUACCCUCCAAUGGGGCCCCUCCGCUUCCCUCAACCGAUACUGGAAGACGACCAAAACGGCACGCGAACUCCACGGAGACUUUAGCAAAACCUUCAACACCUUCGGUCUGGAAUGGACCCCGGACUACGUCUUCGCUUACGUCAACUCCCGUCUCCGUCAAGGUCUCUCCCUUCGCUUCACCAAGUCCUUUUACGAACGCGGUGGCUUUCCCUACGUCCUGAAUAACACGCUCAUCUCCGAUCCCUGGACGGGACUCAAUGCGACUGAUCCCAACAAUGCCGCACCCUUCGAUCAAGAGUUCUACCUUAUCCUCAACGUCGCUGUUGGUGGAACGAAUGGCUAUUUCGCCGAUGGUGUCGAUGAGAAGCCUUGGGCGGAUGCUACGACGACAGCUAGGAGGGACUUUUGGGGUGCGAAGGAGGAAUGGUAUCCCACCUGGCCUGCUGAGGAAGAACGUGGCAUGAUCGUCAAGUCCGUCAAGAUGUACCAGUACACGGGUCAGGAGAAGCGUUACCUUUAA